UUGUCCGGUUUAGAUGUAAAAAUAACAGCUUUCUGUUCCUCGUGGUGCUGGCAUGAGGCUCCUGGAGCGGCUCUCCAGGGUCCCGCCCCUUUCCUCCGCGGCUCUCCGGCGCAGCAGACCAGCAGCUCCGGCGGCGCGCUCAGACCAGCCGGACCUGCACACAACCAGCCUGGACGCGCUGCUGUUUUUAUUUAUUCUUUUUUAUUCUUUUUUUAAUUUCUUUAUUUGGCUUUCUCCUUCCCAGUAAUAGAUGUCGCCACAGUGAAACAUCAGAGCCAAUUCAGCUGGACACAGGUCUGUUUCUAAGCUGCUGACAACAAAGCCGAAGCCUGGAUCGAUCCGCUGAGCCCGACCGCUCUCCAAUAGGAUCGACUGCAUCCAGGAACCCAACUGCAUCGUGCUCUCCUCAAUUUCUGCCUCUUUAAUCUGUUCAGUGAUGCAAACAAUCAAGCCACAAAGCGUGGGACAGAGUUUAGCUUGUACAUAACACACAGAGUUAAUAAUCCAGUGAAAAUCUGGAACUGCCUUUUAAUCUUGAAAAAAAAAAAGUGCAAAGUUUCCAAGCCUUGAUUUUGGAGCUCUGUUUGGGAUCAGAGAAACAUUUUGACGAUAUAUUAAUUGGAUUUUACUUCGUUCAGGCUUUGUGAUCAUGAAUCUCCAGGAGAAGCUGUCAGGCCUUAAAGGGCUGGUCUCACACUCCCACAGCAGGCGGCGUUAUAAAGGGGACCUGACGGUGGACAUGAUCAGCCCUCCCCUGGGAGACUUCCGCCACACCAUGCACGUUGGACGUGGAGGUGAUGUCUUUGGGGACACCUCCUUUCUGAGCAACCACGGUGGGACGUCCAAUGGGAACAAUGGGGAGACGGAUUCGGUCUCCUCACCUGACAACAAGAUCGGCGCCUUCUUCUCCAGGACGCUUCGUCACAUCAGGCGAGGCUCAGACAACCGACCCCGAGAGGGAGCAAAGGAUCUGUCCCCGCCGCCUCCUGCUGUUUCUCCCAUCAUCAAGAAUGCCAUCUCCCUCCCCAGGCUGGACAUAGACAUGCCCAAUGGGAGUCCCACCACCAAAGUGCUCUUUCCUAGUUCAACACCAGAUGAACAGAAAAGCUCUUACAGUCUGGCAUCUGGAUUUGUCACCCUGCCUCGCCUGUCCCGUUCGGAACGCCAGCAGCCAUCCAUCUCCUCUCCCACUUCCUGCUCCCUCAACAUUCACCGCGGCUCCCUGACAGAUCCAUCCGAUGCCAUCUUGUCCACCAGCACUCCCUCUGUUGUGACCUCCGAACCCAAUCAGACGACCCACACCGCAUACUCCGACUCCCUCAGCUCCCUGGACACCUUUACCUUUGACCUUGGCCCUUCCCUCCUGAGCGAGGUGUUCAGCCUGAUCGACGGCGGCUCAGAUGAGCACGUUCCCACGUGGGAGGAGGAGUCGGCACGUGGGCCUGCCAGCGACGGGUCGGAAAUGGGUUCAGCUACUAUUUCCUAUGUGGAUUCCUUGCUGAGGGAGGACUGCAGUGGCAGGAAGAGUCCACAUGAGCAUGAAGAGGAAAGCGUGGUGAGGGGAUUCUCUGGGAAAGUUCCAGAUGUGUUGUUGGGUUCUCCUGAGCGAGUGGGGAUAAGGAUGGAGAGCGAGCGGUUUCAGAGUGCUACCGACGUGCUAGCACGCCACUACGGCGUCAGCCUCCUAAAAGGACAGAACAAGAUGGAGGCUGGAGAAUCAGAGAUCCAGAGUCCAGACAAAAAGAAAAUAUCCUACAGUUUCAUGGACGAUGAGGAUGAAAUCAAAGUCUGACAGGG